AUGACCAAAACCGAAAAAAUACCAAUUUGGUUAGAUUGCGACCCCGGCAAUGACGAUGCAUUUGCCAUUUUAUUAACCAUAUUCAACCCCAGAUUCAAUUUACUCGGGAUAUCUACCGUCCAUGGUAAUGCCCCACUCAGCAUGACAACUAGAAAUACAUUAGGGAUCUUAGAUAUCUUAAAAGUAUCAAAUAUAAAAGUAUAUGAAGGUUCGACGGUUCCAUUACAUAAACCUCCCCAUUAUGCUCUUCAUGUACAUGGAACUAAUGGGAUUGGUGGUGUGAUCAUACCUGAAGAAACGAAGAAUAGUAUUAGUCAAGAUAUGGAUUAUCUUGAAGCUAUGAGAUUGAAUAUUUUGAAAUAUGAAGGCAAGAUAUGUUUAAUCUGUACUGGGACAUUAACUAAUAUAGCUAAAUUAAUCGAGAAAUAUCCCGAAUUGAAAUCUAAAUUGAGAUACAUUUCAAUAAUGGGUGGUGCGUUUGAAUUUGGGAAUAUAACACCAUAUGCUGAAUUCAAUUUCCAUACUGAUCCCGAUGCAGCUUCAUAUGUCUUGGAUCAAUUAGGAUCAAAAGUUAUAUUAACUCCAUUGAACCUAACUCAUAAAGCGGUUGCCACUGAAGAAAUUAGAAAUCGAAUCUAUAAUGAAUCAACGCAUGAUAUGAAGAAUUCUGAAAUUAGAAAAAGUUUCUUUGCAAUUUUAAUGUUUUAUGCGAAUAUUUAUUAUACCCUUUUUGGAAUGAAAAGUGGUCCACCUGUACAUGACCCAUUGGCCGUUUUCAGUUUGUUACCUUUUAUAGAUGAAGAUUUUGGUUCUUAUGGAUAUAAAUAUAUCAGACGAAAGAUUAAGAUUGUUACCGAAGGCAUAAGACAAGGUGAAAGUGUUAUAAUUAAUAAAGAAUUGGAUGAGGAUGUGGAAGAAGAAAAUGGAAUUUAUAUUGGACAAGAAGUGGAUACACAAUUAUUUUGGAAUACAGUUAUUCUGGCCCUUAAUUCCGCUGAAUAUCAUAUUAAAAAAAUAACCUCCACGGGAAAGGAAGGAGGGUCGGCAUCUUUAAUAGAAAAUACUAAUGUAAUUAUGAUAUAA